AUGCAGCAGAUGCCGACGAGACCCACCUACUCCCUGCCCGCUGACCCCGACAAUGCGCUCGAGAGGUCCCACGUGCUGCAGCGGAACCCGCCCCUGCCCCCAGCCGGCAGGAGACUUCAGGCGACGCUCUCCGUCCUCGUUAACAACACGCCGUGCGACAGCAUCUACAUCUCUGAAGCCGCAGUGGCCCUACAUCACGUACUGCAUGUGCCAUCGGGCUGGUACGUGGAAGUCCCUGACGACACCGAAGAGGACCAGCCGCUGUCGGUUCGACUGUCGGUCGAGCCGCCCAGCCCGCGCAACUUUCCGCUCUGUUGCGUGGUGUUCGUCGACGGCCACCUGUCCAGCCGCAAGCCGGUGGAGGUGAAGGGCUGCGUCACGUUGCAGGAGGGAGGCUCAGGGAUUGUGCGGCCCUUCCUACUGCGUCGCAUGGAGGCACCGCGCGGUGGUGGUGAGGAAUCGGCCUCGGAGGGCGAAGUGGUGGAUGACCCCCGACUCAGGAGCAGCGCGCGUGACAUCAUGGGACCGGUGGGAUCCAUCCACUUCUACGUGCUGCCUGCCGUCAUCGACCACCGCACCCGGCCGCCAGCCGCGGUGGCGCCCGCUGAAGCGCCCACGAUCCCAGGCGCGAGCGAUAAGAAGGAGGCCAUGGGCGCGGCCGACCUGGAGGUGGCCCUGGGCUCGGCGGUAGGGGACAACGGGUGGGGUCCCACGCCCUACCGCCCAGCGGGGUCCAUCCUGGCGCAGGUGCGGCUCCGGUACCGCAAGCGCAAGUUCUUCGCCAACCUCCAGAGCCUGAUCGACGCCACCAGUUCGGCCACAGAGUGCCAGGAGGACAACAAGCAGGCCAUCAAGCCCGAGAGAGAGCCUCAGCCAGCACUCGACAGCCACUCAUCCGUCAAGGCCUUCGUCGGCCGUCUGGCCAGGAAGGAGAACGUGGAGCCGGGGUCGCUGGGUCGCCUGCUGGCGGAAUUGCGAAGGCAUGGAAUGGCGAAGGUGGCGCACCUGCGCCGGCUGACGCGGCCGCAGUGGUGCGAGGUCGUGCGUUCGGCCGGUCUGCCCGCCUCGCUCGCCAAGUCGGCCAUGAAGCUGGCCAACCGCUCCCUGCCACCACCGCGCCAUCCCGCAGCCUGCAUCGCCAUCGAAUGA